CUCUCUCUCUCUCCUCCCCCCUUUGCCUCUUUCCUAUGCUCUCCUCCUCACCCUCCCUUGCCGGACCUAAGGAGACAGCUGAGAAGAAAGCAGCGACUGCAUCUACUAGAGGUGACGGACAGCAAGGCUGUGAUUCAUGCCUGCGUAGGAGCGGAGCUGAGAGGAACAGAGCUGAUCCUUUUGCCUUGCACAGAGCAUCCAGGAGCGCUCCUGAGCUGUGGAAGAGCUGAGAGCCGCAAGUCAGCCCCAGGUGCAUUUUCAACACCUAAGUGCUCGGAAUACGGGCGCUGUGCCAUCUGGAGUUUAUAAACGUCUGUCUUUUUGCCCAGCUUCUGAAGUGCGCUAUUUCCCCUUCAUCCUCCUGUUUUCCCGAGACUCGGAACCUGUCAGCCAGCUCGCGCAGACUACCUCGGUCCGCAAUUUCGGCUCCUUAAUUAACCAUCGGCUUCCCAAGUGAAGAACCCAAACAAGCAGAUAAGACCUGGGACACUGGCAACAGAGCAAAUGGCUUCUUCGGCUCCUUCUUCCUCCUCCUCCUCUUCCAACCCGGGCCCGGACUCUAACCCCACCAACCUACGCCCUACAACUUAUGACACCUGGUGUGGGGUGGCCCAUGGAUGUACCAGAAAACUGGGACUCAAGAUAUGCGGCUUCUUGCAAAGGACCAACAGCCUGGAAGAGAAGAGUCGAAUUGUGAGUGCCUUCAAGGAGAGGCAAUCCUCAAAGAAUCUGAUAUCAUGUGAGAAUAGUGAGCGGGAGGCACGGUUCCGUCGAACUGAGACUGACUUCUCCAACCUGUUUGCAAGAGAUCUUCUUCCAGCCAAGAAUGGGGAAGAGCAAACUGUGCAGUUCCUUCUGGAAGUGGUGGAUAUCCUUCUCAACUAUGUUCGAAAGACAUUUGACAGAUCAACCAAGGUGCUGGACUUCCAUCACCCACACCAGUUACUGGAAGGAAUGGAGGGCUUCAACCUAGAGCUAUCUGACCACCCCGAAUCCUUGGAGCAGAUCCUUGUGGACUGCAGAGAUACUCUGAAGUAUGGAGUUCGAACAGGUCAUCCUCGAUUUUUCAAUCAACUCUCUACUGGACUGGAUAUAAUUGGCUUAGCUGGUGAGUGGCUGACAUCAACUGCUAAUACCAAUAUGUUUACAUAUGAAAUUGCCCCAGUGUUUGUCCUCAUGGAGCAAAUAACACUUAGGAAGAUGCGAGAAAUUAUUGGAUGGUCAAGUAAAGAUGGUGAUGGCAUUUUUUCACCUGGGGGUGCCAUAUCCAAUAUGUACAGCAUCAUGGCUGCUCGAUAUAAGUACUUCCCAGAAGUCAAAACCAAAGGCAUGUCAGCUGUUCCUAAACUGGUCCUCUUUACCUCCGAACACAGUCACUAUUCAAUAAAGAAAGCGGGGGCCGCACUUGGCUUUGGAACAGACAAUGUGAUUCUGAUAAAAUGCAAUGAAAGGGGGAAAAUCAUCCCCGCUGACUUGGAGACAAAAAUUCUUGACGCCAAGAAAAAGGGAUAUGUUCCUCUUUAUGUCAAUGCAACCGCAGGCACGACUGUGUAUGGAGCUUUUGAUCCGAUACCUGAGAUUGCAGAUAUAUGUCACAAAUAUAACCUCUGGCUGCAUGUUGAUGCUGCUUGGGGAGGAGGUCUCCUCAUGUCCAGAAAGCACCGUCACAAGCUCAAUGGCAUUGAAAGAGCCAAUUCAGUUACCUGGAACCCUCAUAAGAUGAUGGGCGUUCUGUUACAAUGCUCUGCCAUUCUCGUGCGGGAAAAGGGCAUACUCCAAGGAUGCAAUCAAAUGUGUGCAGGUUACCUAUUCCAGCAAGAUAAGCAGUAUGACAUUUCCUAUGACACUGGAGACAAGGCCAUCCAGUGUGGCCGCCACGUGGACAUUUUCAAGUUUUGGUUGAUGUGGAAAGCUAAGGGCACAGUGGGAUUUGAAAAUCAGGUCAACAAGUGCCUGGAUUUAGCAGAGUAUCUAUAUGCCAAAAUUAAAAACAGAGAAGAAUUUGAAAUGGUUUUUGACGGUGAGCCUGAGCACACAAAUGUUUGCUUCUGGUACAUUCCACAAAGCCUCAGGGGUGUUCCAGACAGCGAUGAAAGAAGAGAAAAACUUCACAAGGUGGCACCGAAGAUCAAAGCUCUGAUGAUGGAAUCUGGAACAACUAUGGUUGGAUAUCAGCCUCAGGGAGACAAAGCCAACUUCUUCCGGAUGGUCAUCUCAAAUCCAGCAGCCACCAAGUCUGACAUCGACUUCCUCAUUGAGGAAAUAGAAAGAUUGGGGCAGGAUCUGUAAUAACAAUUGGCAAAUCCUUUCUUGCUUUCAUGAGCUGUUUUCCAGAAUUGGUUGCUUAACACCCAGUUCUACAGAAAACAUUUCAUGGAAGUUUCCCUUCUAAAUGUUCCACUCUCCUAUGGCACCCUAGAACAAAUCCUUAUAAGUUGCUGAUAACCUAUAGGCCAUUUUACUGAGGGAAAAAAAUAUAUAUUAUUGUGAUAAAUACUGCUAAACCUUAUUUAAGCCUGUUUAUUGUAGUUAGCAAGAAACUAAUAGGUCUUAAAAAAAAAAAAGUCACAGAUGAAAAACUCUUUACAGUAUAUAUGUACAGUUAUAUAUAAUUAUACAUAUGUAUAGUGAGUAGGACCUUAGUAAUAAGCAGCAUGUUUUCCACUUUCAGAGAGCCAAUUCUUCCUUGCUGAGAAGGGGGUAACGUGCUGCAAACCAGCUUGCUAAAUGAAAACAGGAAAGCUUUUAUAAAACUGUAGUUCUGUAGAUACAAAGGAAAUUAAUACUUAGCAGGACUUAAUCUUACCCUCAGUUAGUCUCUCCAGCCUGACAUAAUGAAUUAGGAAAAUUCAGAGCUAUAACUAAGGACGAGCAAGAGAGGCUUUGUCCCAGGAUGCUAACAUUUACAGGGCAUUGACAGAACUUGUUUUCCUUCAUCAGGAAGAAACAACUGAGCUUAGCACUUACUUAGGAAAAAUAGUCAAAAUAGGAAGCUGUCAGAUGACAGUAGCUCCCUCCCCUAGUUGGCCUGAAUCCCAGGUAAGUUUCUUUCAAGACACAUUGUACUCCAUUCCCAAGUGAUGACCUCACCACCAGCAGCUUCUAGAUGUCCUGGGGUGUCUCCUCCCAAGGGAUCUUGUGUCUUGAAAUCUAAGCUUUUUCUCCAAGGGAGGUCUUCCACCCACUAACCCCCCUGCCCCAGAUGAAUUUGUCUUACUGCUUGCCCCAAGAUUAGGCAGUUUAUGGUGCUUGCCCUGAGUUCCAGAACUGCUAGUUUACAGCUCUAGGAUAGUCACCAUCUGCUGCCCAAAUAGUUACUCCCUCUCCAUUAGUGUCAUAGUAGGGGACAGUAGUAUCACAGUCCUUGUUAACAGGUAUAUUCUUGCUGUAUUUUUAGAGAUUACUUUGUGUAGAUUGUGUAUAUUAUUGUUAAAUGACUUUGUGGCAGGAAAAAGGAACAUAUGUAAUGGUUUCAAUAACUGUUCAAUUGUAGGUAUAUGAAAUAUUUGCUUUAUUUAUAUUGCAGAGAUUUACCAUGCUAAGAGGUGUCUUGUAUUUUCUUCCAUUUGUAAUGUAUCUUAUUUAUAUUUUACUGAUAUAAGUUUAAAAUAAUGUUUAUGGUAUUUUAGUGUUGUGAGCCAAAGAGAAAAGAGUAAAAUUUAGUGAAAUUUGCAUUUCUAUUAGAGUGCCCUUAAAAGUAAUCACUUAAGGAUCAUUUUCCUGUCUGUAAAAGGAAUUCUGAUAUUGUAAAUAGAAUUGAGUAUAUUGAAAUCCCUUUACUUCCAUAGAACCUGCACCUUUGUUACCCUUACUGUUUGGCUGUGUGUCCAGUUUUCCGAAUGCUUUUCUAGUAACUCCUGGCUAACAACCAGGCCCUUGUACCUUUGUAGUAGAUCAGGACCAAGCUCUGUGAUUAGUUUAGCUAAAUUCUAUGGCAUCAUUUCUGAAGAUCCUUAUGGAUCCUAGAAGAGCACUGACCAGGCUCACCACUGUUUUGCAGAAAGAACAUUUUAGAGUAUAUAUGAGAAAAAUGAAUAAAUAAAAAUGUUCUCUUUGGAGAACUUGAAUAGAGUGGUUUGCCAAUUUAUCUUUUUAAUUGAGAGAGAUGUUUCCAAUUGCAGUCACCUGGGACACCUACGGGUCAUUCAUUUCCCAUUAGCCAACUGACUAUGUGGCUAAUUCCCUGCAUUUUACCUUCUUGAUUAACCUAAAUCUCUAUUCAAUGUCAAAGCAAAGUCCCACAACCACCUAGGAGCUGCAAAAUUUUAUUGUGGCCAGGUAUUAACAUUUGUUGAUUUCAGUGUCUUGGAAAGGUUUUGCUCUCUUAUCUCCUUUUCUGUUUUGCAGUUUGAGUCUUCAUUUGUUGGUUAUUCUAUGAAAGUUAGAAAGUUAGAAUGAAACAAUUUGUCCUACCCAGCUUGGGUUGGGUGAUUCUAGUUUGCAUGAGUAACUUUCUCUCAAGAAAUAAUGACAUGAUUGUGAAGAGAUCCAGAAAAAUAAUGAAUAAGGUUUUUGUGCAGAAGGGUUUUAAAAAAGAAGAUUUUGAAUUUAUCCUCCUAUAAAAUUCCAAAGCUUUCUGGAUAUUUGCAUGCAGCAUCCCUAUGUAAACAAUUAUCUUUUAUAAGAAGCAGUGUGAUAUAGUAGACAAGGCAGGGGAUUUGGAAUCAUAAAAACCUAGGUUCAGAUUCUGCCUCAACUUUGUGACUGAACAUCAUUUUACUCUCUGUUUUUCCAUCUGCAAAAUGAGAUUAGAUCUUAAUGAACUCUAGGGUCUCUUUCACCCCUAAUUCUGUGACCCUUUGAAAUAUUUGUAUGCCGUUCAUAAAGUAUAGAAAUUGAAUUUUGUGGAGCUAAGAUCAAAAAGCAAAGAUGAAUGUUCAACUAAAGAUGUUUUCCCAAAAAUCUUAGCCAGAACUCAUAAAUGAUUUUGGUGUAUCCAGAACUAUAACUUGAGAGAUCUGGAUCUGAAUUUUGGCCCUACCAUUUGGUAUAUUGGAAAGAACUCAAAAUUUGAGGAGAUGGGUUCAAAUUCUGCCCCUUUCAAUUAUGAUCUGUCUGCCUUUGAAUCUCAAUCUCUUCAUUUAUAAAAUGAGAGAACUGAAUUGGAUUGCUUUGAAUCUAGAAUUGACAUCUGUUCAAUUUUUAAGUGUAAUAGCUAUUAGGUGAUUGGGUGGUAAAAGUACAGUGAGUAGAGGGUUUGGGGUCUGAAGACAGAAAGACUCAUUUUCCUGAGUUCAAUUAUGGCCCUAGACAUUUGAUAGCUGAAUGACUGUGGAUGUCAUUUAACUCUAUUUGCCUCAGUUUACUCUUCUGUAAAAUGAGCAGGACAAAGAAACUCCAAAAUCUUUGCCAAGAAAAUCACAGAUUUCCAUGAAGAGCUGAAAAAGACCGAUGACAUUAGGUAAUAUAAUUGACCUAGAAAAGUUUACUUUUCAAGACAGUACUUGUGGUACCUUCUAAUUUCAGCAUUUUGUUCAGACUGAGAGUUCUUUCUAAAGUAAGGCACUAGGAUUAAUUCUAUACUCCAAGGCUUCAUGUUCAAAACCCAGUGGCAGAUAAGUUUAUUUGGAAAAAGAAAGCUAGUUGGCUCCCUAAACAUUUGAUUUUAAGGUUUUUCCCUUUGAAAGGAGUUGCCUCUCAUGUAUCCCAAUUUUAAUUACUUAUGAGAAUAUUUCCUGGCAACUUAUGUAAAAUGAACAUAAGGUUCACUUCUCUGUAUUCUUGUGCUUCCAUAGUCUAAAUUGUAAAGGUGUACAUGACCUAGGUUUUCUGAUCCCUAAAUCUGACUUUCAUUAAGUACAAUGAAUUCCUAAAGUGGUUCUUCUGUUCUUUCUCCCUUUAGUAGGCAUUGUUUUGGAGUUUGGUGAUUGUUAUUUAGGAGAGAAUCCCCAUUGCCCACUAAUCCAAUUGAUGAGUUUGGGAAAGGAUAACUAUUAAAGAAAAUUGAAAAUG